AUGAUGGUCUCUUGGCUGCAGACUUUGUGUUUCUUUCUGUCGACACCAUUGUCAGAUUCCUUCUCCCUGUUCUCUGUGGCUCCAAACAACCGAUGGACCAGUGCCACUCGCACAAGCCGUCUCCUUGGACAACCGGAAAGCACUGCUGAUGGCAUUGCUUCCACCUCGAGGAGUGGAAUUACCAGUGCCAAAGGCUUGUACCGUCCCUUUGCGGAGCAUGCCUGGUCCACGUUAUUAGAAGAUCCAUCCUUGGAACCAAAGGAUGACAUCCCAGAAGAAUUGUUGAUCAAUACUGCCGUCGCCAAGGGAUUUCCUCCCGAUUCCAUAGUACGAAUGGAAACACGGGCGUUGAUACCCACCCAAAAAGACAGCUCCAUUCGAUAUGCUCGCUAUGCACUCUUGGAAACUCUGGUUCCCAAUAAUCACGACAAUUCGACAGAAGGCAUUCAAGUUCUCAAUUUGGUCAUUUUCCCUUCCCAACGGAAUCUUCCCGUUUUUGGAGCGGACAUGGUCAGUUUGCCGGGUGGCAAGCAUUUGCUACUGCUAGAUGCUCAACCCAUGGCACAACAAAGGCAAUUCCAGGAACACUGGAACCAGUGGCAUGAAACACAUGUACAACCACAAUUUCCAUGGGGUGGAGACAUGCCCGAACAGGUCCAACAAUACGUGUCGGACAGGGCUCUAUGGACAAGACUAGUAUCCGGCAGCAGCAACGAUGAUGAGGGUGAACCAACACCCAUUCACAAGAUUCAAACCCAACUAUGGGAUGCCUUUCAAGAACAUCUGGAGGUGUAUUUGGACCUCUUGUUGGCAGAAUCUGCAAACGACAAUGAGGACGACGGUGGUGAUGAUGAUCCACAAGGACCCUACAUACAGUAUCGGCUUGAAAAUGAUCCUGCACGGCCCAUGCUAAAAUCUUUGUAUGGCGAAGAAUGGACGGAACGAGUGCUGCAUGAAGUGCUCUUUCCGCAGCCUCAGAAAACAAGCUAA